AUGACCCAGCCUCAGUUGCGAGUGCUCAUCGUCGGGGCUUCAAUCGCGGCCCCCACUGCGGCUUACUGGUUUGCCAAAGCCGGGGCGAAAGUCACUGUUAUCGAGCGAUUUCCGCAUCUACGCACAAAUGGACAAAAUGUCGACAUUCGCACUGCAGGUGUUUCGGUGAUGCGUAAAAUGCAGGGGAGGGAGAAGGCUGUGCGGGCCAAGACGAUCCCAAUGGAAGGUAUCAGCCUUAUUCGAGACGAUGGCCGAUCAUAUGGGACAAUCAGAGCAACGGGAAAUCCAGAUCAGCAAUCGCUUGUCUCUGAGUACGAAAUUCUGCGCGGCGACUUGGCACGCUUUAUCUUCGACAUGACCAACCACGAGAACGUCAACUAUGUUUUCGGCGAACAAGUCGUCUCAAUACAACAACACGAACAAGAAUAUGGGCCUGUCACAGUUGAGUUCAUGAACGGCUUACCAACUUCGCAAUAUGACUUGGUCGUCGCUUGUGACGGUUCGGCCUCGAGAACCCGGGCUAUAGGCCUUGGCUGCGGUGUCCGGGAUCAUAUCGAACCAGUAAACCUCUGA